AUGCGUGCCUUUAUUGUUCUAACAUGCCUUAUGGCCAUGGCUUGUGCUGAUCAUUUGGGCCCCGAUUAUCAUCCAGUAGGACGUAGUUAUAUACCACCAGGUGGUGUUGGAGCUACUUCUAAUGCGGAACGUAGUUAUAUUCCUCCAGGUGAAGCUGGUGUGGGAGCUGCUUCUAAUGUGGAACGUAGUUAUAUUCCACCAGGUGGAGCUGCCUCAAACAUUGAAUCCUCAUACUCGGUGGGUGGACAAGGUUCGAAUUUCCAGUCUGGUGCAGGAUUUGGUUCUUCCAAUGCUGCAGUGAGUUUCGGAAAUACUGCUGCUUUUGAUGCUGGAAACACAGAUACAUCUUUUGUAGCUGGAAACUCUAGCCCAACCUCCGUUAACUCCGUAACUGAUUCCUCAGAUUACACUGCACCUCAAGGCAAUUAUGAAUCAGCUUCAAAUACAUCCCCUUUGGUUAGCGCUGGCGGCAUUGAAAAGGAAUUCUACACUUUUACUGCCGAUGAAGAAGAUUUUGCCCAACCCGCUGCCAGCAAUCAAUUUGAAAAUUCCAUCAAACAAGGAGUUCGAGUUAUUUUCAUUAAGGGUCCCGAAAAUAAUGGCCUGGAAAAUGCCAUCGUUAGCUUGGCUAAACAAGCUUCGGAACAAAAAACCGAUAUUUAUGUCCUUACCAAACACGCUGAUCUCGCCGAAUUGAACAAUAAAUUGAAUACCGCCAAUGAUAAUGCCAAUCAUAAACCUGAAGUUCAUUUUGUGAAAUAUCGUACCGCUGAAGAUGCUGCCAAUGCACAACACGCCAUUCAAGCCGAAUAUGAAGCAUUGGGUGGCCCAGCUCAAUAUUUUGAUGGUGGUGUAGCUCCUUCAUUGAACUUUGCUUCGCAAGCGCCUCUAGGUGAAACUGUAACAGCUGUGGCUCAGGGCAGUCAAGAAUCGAUGAUCGUUACUAUGGGCAAUGUUGGUUCAACAUAUCUACCAGCUUCAGUUUUACGUCUAUUCCGUUUGUAA